AUGACCAAAGAACUUGAGAAUGAGUUUGAGAAUUUAAAUACAUUAGAAGAUAUACGUGAAAGAUCAAAAGAUAAUUCAAACCUAAAAACGGAAUUGGAAAAAUGCAUUAUAACAGUUCAAGAAUUACUUUGUGAGCGUACAGAACAUUUAAAUAUGAAAAAUGAAGCAUUUGAAACUGAGAAUCCUGCAUCUGACUUGGAAAUUAAUGAAAUGUUUGAGAAUAUACUGCGAAUUGAUUUCACAAUAACCAAAAAUGAAACUACUCAACAACAAUUGCGUAAAUACAAGCCUCUAGUGGAAUUUAUUGAAACUCAUUGUCAAGAAAGGGCAUAUUCCUUUCAGAUUAAGAAAUGUAAUCAAACUACUUGCAGCAUAUGUUACUCUAUUAGAAUGCCCAUUGAUAUCUUCCAAAGCUUACAUUUUUUGCCUGACCCAGUACCAUCACGAGAUAAUCCUGAUCAUUAUGAAUCAUUUGUGAAUUUAUAUGGUAAAUCUACAACAGAAAAAUUUUGUCCUUCCCUAAUCAGUCUGGUGUCUAAAACUGAGCCAGCACCAAGUAAUAUUCUUGUUUCUGCUAAAAUUAGAGAUUAUAUAAAAUGUAAUUUUUGUGGAAAAAUGCGAUACCUAUAUAGUGGUUUACGAUUAACAGAACAAGAAAUGCAAGAUUUAAAUUUUGCAUUACAAACUUACACUUAUUCAUUUCAAAUUUCUUGUGAUUCUCCUAUUGAAUUUCUAUAUUAUUCUUCAAAGAAAGAAAAGUUUAAAUUAGUAUAUCCUUUAUGUAAUACAUGUAAUGAAAGUGGAAAAACAUUUUAUAAACGGUUGGAAAAGAAACUUUCAAAUAAAAGACAUCUCAAACUUGAUGUAGAGCGAUUAGAAUCUAUGUUAAAAUUAAUAACAUAUUAUAGAUCAAAUGCAUCUUACGAACUAGCUUUUUAUGGAAGAGGAAUUAAAAAAAAUUCGCAGAAAUUUAGUGAUAGUGAAUUAAAUAAUAUUAUAAAUGAAACCUUAGCAGAACGGUCAGAGUUUGAAGAUGAUGAUGAUGAAACUGCACCAGAAGGGGAUCAAGAUAUUUUAAAUGGAUUGGAAAAUUUUGGAUUUCCAGAAGAAGAAGAAAAUGAAGAAACUAAUAGUAAUAUAGAUGGAAAUAAUCAAAAUGGUAAUAAAGUAGUGGGAAGAAGAAUAUUAAAUUAUAAUGUUGAUGAUUUAGUAAAAGAAUUUGAAUAA